UAUUUUUAUUUUGUGUGUAGUUUAAUUCACUGCACGAGUUGAGUCUGUGACUCUGGUAUUUCUAAGUAAUGAUUGAUCAUCAAUUUUUCAUCCUUCGUGCAUUUCGCGGAGUCCUCUGCUGUUAAUUUCUGGUAGAUCGAAGUCCCAGCACUGUUCAGUGACUGAAGAAAAUGUUGCGGUUUGGCUUUGCUGGGAUUGAACCCGCUGGUUGUUAACGGCGGCCAUUGCUGGGAUGUUUGAGCUUAAAAUGGGUUUCCAACAUAUGGGUUUUAUGUUUUCUGAGCUCCGUUUUGCUGAUUGCUUGUUCAUGCUCACGCUUCUAUUUAAUGCUCUUGCAGUGCCUAUUUUUAUUUUUUUUGGAAAACUUUUUAUGUUAUUUUCUCCUCUUUGGUUUUUUUUUUCCCUUUUAAUAUCAGAAGAUUCUACCACUUUCCCCCGGAAAUUUCCCAUUUUAGUAUGAUCAUAAUAAGAGAAUUGCAUCAUGUGAAAAAAUUUAUUUAUGGGUCCUCUCUUUCUUCUUCUGUUUUCUGUUUUUUUUGGGGCCGUGUUCAAAGCUGGUGCUUUUAAUUCUUAAUCUGCAACUGCGUAUAUUCACACAUUUGGUCGCUGAUAAAAUGGAAUUAGGAGAGAGCAAUUUCUUUUGGUUUUUCGGUCUGUUUUGCGUACAGAAGAGAGAAGAAAGGGAAAGUAAUGGAAUGGAGCCUGGUUGUUUCCUUGUGUCAUUAAGUAAUGAAAAUUUGAACAUUAUAAGUUCUGUUCUGCAUUUCAUCAACAGCUAAAGCGGAUAAAAUUCUUUUUAACCCUCAAAGAGCUUUGAAGAAAGCACGUUUCUCAUUCUGGAUUCAUUCUCAUCUGUAUUUUGUUGACUGAUUGUUUCUUUUUUUUUUUUUUUGGGUUUUAGGAGCCUUGCAAUUUUAUAAAGUUGUAGACUCGUUGCCAUUUGAAAUCCUGAUUGAAGGAACUGCAGCAUUUGUGCAGCCAUGGUUCUAGGACUGAGGACGAAGAACCGGAGGAGUCCCUCAGUUCAAGUUGAUUAUCUAAUUCAUGUUCGGGAGAUUAAGCCUUGGCCCCCUUCACAGUCACUGAGAUCCCUCCGUUCGGUCCUACUUCAGUGGGAAAAUGGUGAGCGUAGUUCUGGGUCUACCAGCCCCGUUGUCCCUUCACUCGGUUCUGGUACUGGGGAUGGGAAAAUUGAAUUCAAUGAAUCUUUCAAAAUCCCUGUGACUCUGUUGAGGGACAUGUCUAUCAAGGGUGGGGAUUCAGAUGUUUUCCAAAAGAAUUGUUUAGAGUUCAACUUGUAUGAACCUCGAAGGGAUAAGACCGUGAAGGGCCAAUUAUUGGGAACUGCUAUAAUAGACUUGGCAGAGUAUGGUGUGUUCAGAGAGAGCUUAAGCAUUAGCGCUCCUAUGAACUGCAAGAGAAAUUUUAGGAACACUGCUCAACCGGUUCUGUUUAUUAAUAUCCAGUUCGUUGAUAAGGGUCGCCCGGGCUCCUUGUCGAAGGACACCCCACAGAAAGAAGCAGUGCUGGACAAGAAUGGUGGAGAAUCUGUUUCUAAAUUGAUGAAUGAAGAAUAUGCCGAGGAAGCUGAGGUUGCCUCUUUUACUGAUGAUGAUGCCUCCUGGAACUCUUCUGUGACUGUUGGAUCUUCAAAUGGGGGUUCCCCUCAGAAUAAAGAGAAUGGAUCAAAAACAGUGAUGGAUUGCACAGGAGGGUUUAAUAAGGAGCAUGCUUUGACUUCAAAAACAGAGACUGUGAUUGAACCACAUGAAAAUUUGAAGGGUAGUUCAUCGUGCUCGUCAAUAGUAGACUUAUCUUCUGACGGGGGGAGCCCAAUAAAUAAUCAUGAUUCUUCAUCCAGCUGCACUGAUUCUAAUUUAGCAUUGUUUUCCCAAGAAAAUGUUGUCCAUAGCUUUCAAUCUUUCUCCUCAUCUAUAAUCAGCGAAGCUGUGGAGGAAACCUCCAGUGCCACGAUGAAGCACAGUUACCAUGAGGAUUUGACUCAGGAGGUUCAUGGAAAGGUCCCUAAUGGCAGAAGUGCAAUCAGCACUAAUGCUCAAGAAAACGAGAAGGGAAACAUGUCAAACAGUUCAUUCGAAGAAGCACACUCAAAUACCAAUUCCCAGAUGCUGGAAAAGUUGGGCUUUUCAAGCUCUGCUGAUUCUCAAAUCUAUGCAGAGGAUAAUGGGAAAGCGGUGAUGCCUAAAAGAACUGGGCCAGAAGAGGCUGCAAGCGCCACUGAUAUUAAUUGUGGUUCUAUGGAGGGCAAAGAUAGAAAGAAGGAACAGGAAAGUGGAAAACAAAGUCUAAAAGAUGAAAAUCAGUCUCUGGAAGAUGAGCCAUUAGAUAUAUUUUCACAAGAUUCUGCCAGAAAGCAGGUCUCACUGGGAAGUGAUACACUUUCCUUUAGCAGUAAAAAUCUUGGAAUGAGAAGCAACAUCCUGAAUAAUGAUAGAUUGAAACAUGUGAAAUCCGUUCGAUCACCAUUAGACUCCGCUAGAAGCAAUGGCUUGGUAAACAGUAACCAGAUUACAGAUGAAGUAGGGGAAAUUCGUGUCCCAAUAGAUGCACAAGGUGGUGCAAAGAACUCAGUAAGCAAUGAAAGAAGAGAUGCUAAGAUUUAUUCAAAGGAGACAAAAAAUACAUUAUCUGAUGGUAAAAUCCAGCAAUUGGAAUACAGAAUAAAGAUGCUUGAGGGAGAGUUAAGAGAAGCUGCCGCCAUUGAGGUUGCUCUGUACUCUGUCAUUGCUGAGCAUGGAAGUUCCAUGAGUAAGGUUCAUGCUCCAGCCAGACGCCUUUCACGGCUGUAUCUCCAUGCUUGCAGAGAAAGUUCCCAACCAAGGAAAGCGAGCGUGGCUAGAAGUGCUGUUUCAGGAUUAGUUUUAGUCGCAAAAGCAUGCGGAAAUGAUGUCCCAAGGUUGACAUUUUGGUUGUCGAAUUCAGUCAUGCUGAGAGCAAUUAUAAGCCGAGCUAUUGGAAAAUCACAGCCUCCACUUUCUGCUGGACCUCGUACUGUAAAGAAUAGUGGUGAAAAUGGAAACAACAAACGAUCAGCUCAGUUGACAUGGAAGGAGUCCACUCCCAGCAAGAAAGAGAACAAAAGGGAUAUAUACAAAAGUUUUAGUGACUGGGAGGACCAACACGCAUUUACAUCUGGCCUAGAAAAGGUUGAAGCUUGGAUAUUUUCCCGAAUCAUUGAGUCCAUCUGGUGGCAGACUCUGACUCCACACAUGCAGUCCACGGCUGCAAAGGCAAUAGAUAGAGGUCCAGGCACUAGCUCAGGGAAAACCUGUAGAAGGAUGCCCUGUUCCGCUGAUCAAGAACAAGGGAACUUUUCACUAGACCUGUGGAAGAAGGCAUUCAAGGAUGCUUGUGAAAGGCUUUGUCCUGUUCGAGCUGGAGGGCAUGAGUGUGGCUGCUUGCCUGCGUUGACUAGAUUGAUAAUGGAACAGUGUGUGGCUAGAUUAGAUGUGGCGAUGUUCAAUGCCAUUCUUCGGGAAUCUUCUGAUGAGAUCCCAACUGAUCCUGUUUCGGACCCCAUCACUGAUCCCAGGGUUCUUCCUGUGCCAUCUGGAAAAUCAAGCUUCGGAGCUGGUGCACAACUGAAAAAUGCAAUUGGGAACUGGUCCAGAUGGCUGACCGACCUUUUUGGAAUUGAUCAUGAUGAUUCGUUUGAAACUGAGAAUGAAUGUGAUGAUGAUGGCGACAAACAUGAUACAUCUUUCAAGUCUUUCCACCUCCUUAAUGCGUUAAGCGACCUUAUGAUGCUUCCAAAGGACAUGCUGCUAAGUAGGUCCAUAAGAAAAGAGGUAUGUCCAACAUUUGGUGCACCAUUGAUCAGGAGGGUUCUAAGCAAUUUUGUCCCUGAUGAGUUUUGCCCUGACCCAAUUCCAGAGGUGGUUCUUGAAGCCCUGGACUCGGAGGAUUCUGUUGAAACCAUGAAAGAUGUCGUGGCAGACUUUCCAUGCAUGGCAGCUCCUGCAGCAUAUCUGCCGCCUUCUGCAGCUUCCCUUGCAGGCAUUCUUGGAGAGUCCGGAAGCCAAACUCAGCUCAGAAGAAGCGGUUCCUCGGUGCUUAGGAAAUCGUACACCAGUGAUGAUGAGCUCGAUGAAUUGGAUUCACCCUUGACUUCAAUCAUCGUUGAUAGUUCUCGAUCUUCUCCUGCUGCAGCCAAGCCCAAGUGGGUAUCUAAGGAAAAUAGCGGUCGGAAUGCUGUGAGGUAUCAACUCCUUCGGGAGGUGUGGUUGAAUAGUGAUUAGUUCUAUGGUAUUAAAUGUACAUAAAACAUGUGAUGGUUCGUUUUGUUUUGUUUUGUGUUUUUGAGUUGUAAAUCCAAAAAGCCCAGUUUUUGUAUGACCACUGUUACUUGUUUUUAUGUACAAAAAGGUAUGUUAUUUUGCUUA